AUGUCGCUUACUUGUUCAUCGAAAAUCCUAUUGAAGAACGUUGCAGUUGCAGAUGACGGAUGCUUGCCCGCUUCUUUAGCAAAUGAUGAAUGUGGCGAUGUUGUCGACGUGGCCAGGCUGUUGCUGCUGUCGAUUUUUGAGCAGUCGCGACUGUUGACUACCCAUAAACGACCGCAGCCGUGUCCGUGUAGUCUCUCCCCUUUCCGUUGUCAAUGCCGCAAUUAG